GGGACAGUAAGGUCAGCCAAUCACAAACUCACAUGAAGAGCGCCGAUGUUGGCUCUGAGUCGAGGAAAUAGCAAGCUAGCUCAGUCACCGUCCAUUUUGCACACAAGGACGCAAAAACAUUUGCGAGUGGAAGGGGAAUAACUUAAAGGUUGUGACCCCGGAGAAUACAGUGCAACAUUACAUUUCGUGAAACAUGAGUGGAGUGAACGUGAAGAAGCUCAAAGUAAAUGAGCUGAAAGAGGAGCUUCAGCGUCGAGGCCUCGAUACUCGUGGCUUGAAGGCGGAUCUUGUCGAUCGCUUACAAGCUGCACUAGAGGCCGAGGCUGCUGGUGUUGGGGGCGGGCCCCCGGGCGACGAGGGAGAUUAUGAUGUCGAAGGCGAGGCGGGAGCAGCCGAGUCUUAUCAAGAUGAAGAGUUUGAAGGGGAGGAGCAAGAUGAUGAGCCAGACCAACAGUCCGACGAGGAAGAGAAUGGAGGACAGAUGAUCGGGCAGGGGGGCGAAGAAGGCGACGAUGAUUAUGAGGAGAGUGCAGACGGUGCACCUGAGGCUGCGCAUGGGAUAGACGACUUCGCCUCGGAUACCCUGGAGCCACACAUGGGUUUGAACUAUCAGAUGGGGCAAAAGUACAACCAGCAGGCGUACGAGGAACCCCCACCAGCUCACCAGCAGUAUGAGGAGCCAGAGGUAAAGCAAGAGUUUAAGGAACCCCCGAGGAAGCCGGCCUAUGAGGAGCCAGAGGAGGAACCAGAGGUGCAGAAGAGCUACAACGAGCAGCCCGGCAAUAAGCAGGAUUAUCAACAGGCAGACGAGCCAGAGCCCAUGAUACAGGAGCCCAUGAUCCAGAAGUCUGAGCCACAGGUAGAAGAACCCGAGCCCCAGGAACAAACUGAAACAGCCCCUGGUGAGUUAUGUCAAGAAAAAAUUGAGUUAAAAGAUGAAGUCAAGAGAGAAGAAAGGGAAGGGGAUGAGCGGCAGCAGCAGGGCCAGGAGCAGCAGGAGCAGCCAGCUGCAGAGCCUGCUAACGAAUGGCAAGCUAUGCAAGGAGACCAGGGCUCCCAGGCUAAAGGAGAGGACGACCGGUACGGGUCCUACAACCGCAAAAGGCCAUAUGAGGAAAACCGUGGUUAUGGCUAUUACGAGCAUCGGGAGGACAAGAGAGCACGUUCCCCUCAGCCACCAGCAGAGGAAGAGGAGGAAGACUUUGAUGAUACCCUUGCAGCCAUUGAUACCUAUAACUGCGACCUGCACUUUAAGGUGUCACGUGACCGAUACAGUGGAUACCCUCUCACCAUUGAAGGCUUUGCUUACCUUUGGGCUGGGGCACGGACAUCCUAUGGAGUCAGCAAGGGCCGUGUCUGCUACGAGCUGAAGAUCAAUGAGGAGAUCUCUGUGAAGCACCUGCCGUCCAGCGAGCCUGACCCUCAUGUGGUGCGAGUGGGAUGGUCCAUGGACUCCUGCAGUACCCAGCUUGGUGAAGAGCCAUUCUCAUUUGGGUAUGGUGGAACUGGAAAGAAAUCUUUAAAUUGCAAGUUUGAAGAUUAUGGAGAGAAGUUUGGUGAAAACGAUGUCAUCGGCUGCUACAUGGACUUUGAGACCGGUGGCGAUGUGGAGAUGUCCUUCUCUAAGAAUGGAAAAAUGCUGGGUGUGUGUUACCAGGCAACCCAGGAGGAGCUGGCCGGGCGGCCACUCUUCCCCCACGUCCUCGUGAAGAACUGCGCCGUGGAGUUCAACUUUGGCCAGAAGGCUGAACCCUUCUUCCCUCCGCCUGAGGGCUACACCUUCAUCCAGCAGGUACCUCUGGAGGACCGCAUCCGGGGAACCAUCGGGCCCGCAUCCAAGGCAGAGUGCGAGAUCCUGAUGAUGGUGGGCCUGCCAGGCGCAGGGAAGACCACGUGGGCAGCCAAGUACGCGCUGGACAACCCUGAGAAGAAGUUCAACAUGUUGGGCACCAAUGCCAUCAUGGAGAAGAUGAAGGUGAUGGGUCUGCGUCGCCAGAGGAAUUACUCCGGCCGUUGGGACGUGCUGAUCCAACAGGCCACGCAGUGCCUCAACAGGCUCAUCCAGAUCGCCGCCCGCAAGAAGCGCAACUACAUCCUGGACCAGACAAAUGUAUAUGGAUCAGCCCAGAGACGAAAAAUGCGUCCUUUUGAAGGUUUUCAACGCAAGGCUAUUGUAAUUUGUCCCACGGACGACGAUUUAAAAGAGCGAACGUUAAAGCGAACUGAUGAGGAAGGGAAGGAUGUGCCCGAUCAUGCUGUGUUAGAAAUGAAAGCCAACUUUGUGCUCCCGGACGCGGGCGAGUUCCUCGACGAAGUGAGAUACGUAGAGCUGCAGCGCGAAGAGGCCGAGACUCUCAUCAAGCAGUACAACGAGGAGGGCCGCAAGGCGGGCCCACCCCCCGACAAGCGCUUCGACAAUCGGCCCGGUGGCUUCCGUGGUCGUGGGGGCUUCCAGCGCUUUGACAACCGCGGCGGUGGCGGCGGCCCCCAGGGAGGCCGGGGCAGUUACCAGAACAGGGGUGGACCCGGUGGUGGCGGCGGCUUCCGUGGAGGAUACAACCGCGGAGGAGGAGGCUACAACCAGAAUCGCUGGGGCAACAACUACAGAGAUGGAGGCUCAGGGGGACGUGGUAGCUACAACCGCAACCAGCAGUCUGGAGGAGGAGGAGGAGGAGGAGGAGGUGGUGGAGGCUACAACCAUAACCGCCAGGGAUCCUACAACAAGGGCAGCACUGUAAGCACUGGAGGAUAUAGCCAGUCCCAGCCACAGUCCUACAAUCAAGGCUACAACCAAGGCAGCUACAACCAAGGCUACAACUAUGGCAGCUAUAGCCAGUACCCCGGAUAUGGGCAAAGCUAUGGGCAAAGCUAUAGCCAAACUCCUGCAGCCACUGGACAGACAUACAACCAGCAGCAGAACUAUAACCAGCAGUAUCAGCAGUAUGCACAACAGUGGCAGCAGUAUUACCAGAACCAGAGUCAGUGGAACCAGUACUACAACCAGUACGGCAACUAUGGUAACUACUCGAACCCGACGAGCACCCAGGGCACGCAGGGCUCCCAGCAGGGCACGCAGCAGUAGGCAGCGACCACGCUGACCACGCUGACCCCGCUGACCCUUGCGGCAGCCCACCCACCCGGCAGACGGAGCACAUUCCUACCGUGGCAUCCCGCCAUGCACCUCUGCCUUCCAACCACUUUGUUCAUGUCUGCUGUCCAUCUUACCCACAUGUCUCUGUCCGUGAUUGAAAGAGAGAGAAAAAUAAUUAAAGAAAAGAAAUAAAAUCUGUCAUUACAAGGUAAAGGCGUUUUAAUCCAUGCUGCUGUCCUAUGUUUUUUUUUUUUUUUUUUUUUUUUUUUUUAUUAUUAUUAUUAUUAUUAUUAUUAUUUUGGUGACAGCAGGGUUCUGAUUGGUAGAGUAACAUUAAAUGCAACUUAAUCAUCAUGCCUGUUCAAGCCUAUGCCAGAUAAUUUGAAAAUAGAACACAGUGCUAUGUGGUGUAGUUUUUGUUUUAAUAGUACACACUUCUAGAACACAGUUUAACAGGGAUUUCCACACAUACAUGUUUGGUGUGUAUGUGUGUUUUAAAAGAUGGCUUAUUUUACUAUUUUAAUAAUUCACUGCCUCCUUGUUUUAUGUGAUCUGUCCUUAGAUCAAAGAUACAUGUAUUUCAAAUGGGUGGAGCUGGGGUUUUGUCAGACCAUUAUUUUCUUUAUGAAUGCAGCGUCAUGUAAGACCUUUGUCAAAAUGUAGAUACAUUUAACAAAUCUAUAUCCUUUCAACUAAAAUUUAAAGCUACAGAUCUUACCACAAUUUACUUUUGUACCAUUUUUAAAGGUGUUAAUAAUUGUUUGACUUCAAUCCCUUGUUGCGCCAUUGUUUUUUUUUUGUUUUGUUUUCAUUUGGUGUAGUGAUUUGUUUUGUGGUUGUAAACCUUUUUAUACCUUACAACAUGUCUGUCAAACGGUAUCUGCAUGUGAUUUUGUGCUCAUUCAGAACUUGAUGUUUUUGUAUUACAGAAUAUACCAUAAUCUGACAAACA